ACCUCUCUGUAACGUCUCUAGUACACUCCAGAGUAGCUCUCUCUCUCUCUCUCUCUCUCAAAUGGCGUGCCGCAUCAAUGCGCCCCUCCGUUGCCCGUCCAAUGCGCCGGUUCUCCCGCCUCUAAACUACCGACAAAAUUUUCGAAAACACAAUCUCAUUCCCUCCUCUUUCCAUCCUGGUCUCAACAAGGUACUGAUUUCGUGUUCUAGUAAUCAGCGGCGCCGUAGCUCUGUGGUGGUCAAGUCCCAUACGACUAUGCCGGAGAAAUCACUCACAGAAAACAGAAUGCUGGUGUUUGUUCCUCCACAUCCGCUGAUUAAGCACUGGGUUUCAGUUCUUAGAAAUGAGCAGACUCCUUGCCCCAUCUUUAAAAAUGCCAUGGCAGAGUUAGGGAGGCUGCUUAUCUAUGAAGCAUCAAGGGAUUGUAUGCCUACUAUAACGGGGGAGAUUCAGUCACCAAUGGGUGUCGCCUCUGUAGAUUUUAUUGAUCCAAGGGAACCAGUGUCGGUUAUUCCUAUAUUGAGAGCUGGUCUUGCUCUAGCAGAACAUGCAUCUUCAGUUUUACCAGCAUUAAAAACGUACCAUCUGGGGAUUAGCAGAGAUGAGGAGACACUUCAGCCAACUGUAUAUUUGAACAAGUUACCUGACACAUUUCCUGAAGGAUCUCGAGUAUUUGUGGUAGAUCCCAUGCUAGCAACAGGUGGUACAAUUGUUGCGGCUCUUGACCUGAUAAAGGAGCGUGGGGUUGACAACAAGCAAAUUAAAGUGGUAUCUGCUGUUGCUGCUCCUCCAGCCCUUCAAAAGCUCAGUGAGAAGUUCCCUGGGCUUCAGGUAUAUGCUGGAAUCAUUGAUCCAACUGUUAACGAAAAAGGGUUUAUAAUCCCUGGCCUCGGGGAUGCUGGAGACCGUAGCUUUGGUACAUAAAGCCACCAUAUUGUAACCUUAGCCAUGUCCAUUUUUUGUCACUUUUUUCAUUACUGUACUCCAGCAAUUUUGAAAUUUUGAUCGUGCCGUUCAUGAAGAGGAUCUUGUACUUUUCAUUCAGACUAAGGAUUUUGAGUCGGCAGAUUUGCUUUGGCUUGAUUUAGUUCAUGUACAACUGGUAGAAUUGUGCUGAAAAACAAAUCUAUUGUCUUCUGUCAUAAAUUCUUGAGAUGAUUAAUUAGAUCGAUUGUACAUUGACGGCUAUUA